AUGCCUAACAAGAAGCGCCGCAACAAGAACGCCCCCUCCCUCGACUUCGAGCUCCCCCCCACCACCCUCGCCAAAACCACCAACCUCUCAACCACCAAGUCGCGCCUCCGCGCCAAGCGCAACCGCCGCGCCACAAACACCUUCGAGUCCCAAGACGACACGCCCAAAGCCUUCACGCGCCUGCUCGCCUUCGCCGCCGGCACCCGCCGCCUCCCCAAGGGCCCCGACAACGGCCGGCCGCCCCCCUCCUCCUCCUCCUCCUCCUCCUCCAAGAAACGCAAGACAGCAGAUGCAGACCCCAAGGAGGCGAAAGAGCAGAAGAUGAAGGACGCGGCGGAGCAGCUCACGAUACAGCCCGGUGAGUCACUGCGCGAGUUUAAUCGCCGCGUGGACGCCUCACUGCCCGUGGACCUGAAGGUUGCGCGGGAGCCGCGGAAGCCGAAGGCGAAGAAGGCGGAGGCGGCUAAGGCUGCGCCUGCCCAGGAGCUGGAGGAGGAGGGCGACUAUAGUGAUGGUGAGGGGGGUGGGAGGAGGAAGCGGCGGAGGGCGGCGUCGCCGGAUCCGUGGGCGGUGCUGGCGAGUAAGAGGGAGGCGCCAAAGUUUGGGGAUGUUGCGCCGGCGCCGCCGAGUCUGGCGAGGCCGAGGGAGGUGCUGCAUAGUAGGGGGAUUGUGGAUGUGGAGGGGGUGCCGAAGAGUGCGGGGAGCAGGGCGCGGAGGGAGGGGCUCGCCGUGGAGAGGAAGGGCGUGGUGGAGGCGUAUCGCAGGCUUAUGCAGGGGAGGAGGGGGGAGGAGGUGUAG